UGAGAGAGGGCGAGUGUGAGUGGGGUGGAGGGAGCAGAGAAGGGGACAGAGAAUCUGAAGCGGGCUCUGGGCUAACGGCGGAGCCGGAGGCAGGGUUCGAACUCACGAACUGUGAUAUCAUGACCUGAGCUGAAGUCAGAUUCUCAAAGGACAGAGCCACCCAGGUGCCCCAAUUCUGUUUUUUGGUUUUUGUUUUUUAAAUAAUGCUGCUACCUGUGUGUGUGUGUGUGUGUUUUAACUAUUAGAGAUUAGUUUAUACCACUGGUAUAUAUUUAGCAUCUGCUGUGUGCUAAUGGACCUGGAAGUUUACAAAGUUAAAGAAGUUACGGACUCUAUUCUUCAUUCAAAUAUUUAUUAAACCAAUAACAUCUCCAAGCUUUGCGCUGUGAAAAUAAAGACAUAAAAUAGUUGCUACGGUGGGGGGAGGGGGUGUACAUGGAGCAAGCCUGUGAACGACAGCAGCCUGAAAACAAAUUCCAUACAAGACCUGUGAGAGCCUUGGGGAAGCCACACCGAGAACUUCUCAGAAGCUGUAAGCGCCUUGUCAUUCCUACAGCCUUACUGGAGCAGAGGGCUGAAGGGAGCCUGUCCUGGGAAGGGGCGGGCAGAACCCACUAAGCCUCAUCCUAUGGAAUUGUGCUCAAGGGAGAGCCAUAUGCAGAUUUCCUGUAGACGACAGGACUCAUUCAUUUUUGGCUGUGGGGCCCCAUUUUGACUGUGCACCAGGCUUGGUGGUCAGUGCUGGAGGUACCAUCGUGAACAGGACAGCUAGUGGCCUCUUCUGUCCUCGACCCAAGGGAGGUGGGCUCAGGUGCAGUGGAAGUAUUGGAGGAGAAGCCUGAAUGCCAGUGGGGGCGGGGAUUCGGGGCUUUCCCACAGCAGGGGAGAUCUGGGCAGAGGCCCCCCUCCCCGGAUGAAUCAGAGGCCAGAGGAGCUAGGAUGGGGUUUUCCGAGGCUAGAGGAAGGCAGAGGAUCCCUUCCGGCUGCGCCCUAUGCAAGAGGGAGGAGGAGGCUGAGAACACAGGCCAAAAAGGAAAGCAGGGGCCCCUUGAUUCACGGAAGGCCUUGUAAGCCUAGCCAGUGGCUUCAAACCCUGUGACUUAGGACACAUUCAUAACCGCUGUGAUCUCCAGUUCCGUCUGUAAAAUGGGUUUAAAGAUUUAGCUUUUCAAAGGGCUGUGAGAUCUUGAGGUGGUAUGCACAGAUGCCUCAUCCAGUGCUUCUCCAGUUCAGGGGAGGGUGGCUUCAUAGGGUUGAGGCUGGAGGUUGCCGAGGAGGCCACUGAGAUCCACGGGGGCAGGCUCUGGGGACACUGAGGGUCAUCAGCCGGACUCAGUCCGGAAGCAGUCGGUACAGCUAAUGGGAUUUUGGAGCGGGAGCGGUGGUGGGGUCCGGACCUGACGGCCAAGAAAGAUUUCCUGAGACAUCUUCAGGGCAAAAAGGCGCACCGGAGCCUGGAGGCCUAGCUGUGGUCAAGCCAGGGUUGUUUUUCCCUCCAGCAAAGUGUUAACAUCUUUAAGACCGCAGGGAGUUCCUGGAGAACUCUGCCGGCCUCAACUGUCAAUGGGCUGCAGGUUAUAAGGAAAUUUAAUUUUAUCUGCCAUUUCCUUCUGCAUUUGCUGAGGAGUCUUACACGACUCCCAAAUGUGCUGCUGGGAUAUCUUGUGGGGUGGAGUAGGGACAAGAGUGUGGGCAACGGUUGGUUGGCUGGGUUUCCAUUUUGGAGUGUGAGCUGUAGAUGCCUGGGGGCGUUUGGGGGGAGUGCUGGGCAGGGCCGUGGGCGUUGGUGUGUGGGUGUGGGUGAGGUGGCCCCCUAGGGGCUGUGGCUGGAGGAGAUAAGAGGAACCACCACCACCCAGGCUGAGGGAAAAGGCGAGGGGAGCCGAAAACCAAGAGGCAGCCAGCUGUUUGAAAUGCAUCCCCGAGGAGGCCGAGUAAGAGAAGGCCCAGGGUGGGAAAGGGAUCCUUGGUGAGCAUGAGAGGGGCACCUUUAGCUGGAUGGCAAGUCGUGGGGGCUGAGGGGUGACCAGCCAAGAGGGAGGGGAGGUGAUGUGGCAUCAGGCUGGAAAGACGGGGGUUCGAAGCUCACUGCCAGGCAAAGUAGAGGAUGCCAGUAGCUUGUGCCCUUUACACAUGGCUUCCAAGUUAUUGGAAGGAGCAGGACACCCCUUCUUGCGGGACAGGGAAUGGUGUGCCGGCAGACUGGUGAGGUAUACAUUUUGCUUGGUCGUACGUGUUGUCUUACUAAUUGUCACCCCUUCAAUAUUUUGCAAGCCGUUUGAACAGAGUUAUAACCUCCAGUAUUUAUCAUAUGAACUACUUUCGUCUCUUAAGUGGGUUCAGUUAUCAUGGGAGACCUGCUCGUCUGCUAGAAACGUGGAGUGAUCUCUGUCCCCUGGGGGACAAAUAACCACAGGUUCCAAACAUUUUCGUUCUGGGUUGGUGGCUAUGUGUGUAUAACCGGUGACCUCAUCUUAAUAGUGUCUUAGGGCCACAGCGUACCAUUUAUUGAAAAAUAAUAGUGCAAAUGCCAUUUAAUGAGGAGAGAGAAGGAAGGUCUUUUAGGAUGGAGUUUGCCCAGUGUCUCCUUCGGAAAAGAGGCCUUUUCUUCCGUGGCUGGGUUUUUUAAAGUGCCUUUCUCACACAUUUGUGAUCGAGUGGAUUCUGAGGCAAGCUUUGAGACCUCUAGUGUGUCGGGCUCAGAGGAAGUACAUCUAGCCCUUGCCCCUUCUGGUGGUGCCUCUAGAUUAGCCAGCGUGUGCGACUGUCCUGGUUUAAAGGAGAGCCACCAAACCCGGGGGUGGCUGCUGGUCUACUGCACUGUCUGUGAUCUGCUUAGGUGGCAGGGAGAUGCGUGGAUAGGAGAGAGAAAGGGAAAACUCUAAGUUAAGAAAGUUCAUAGGUUUUUCAGGAAGCAGCCCAUGUCUUACAUUGAAACUGAACUUGCGGUUUCAUUUCUUUGUCUUGCUCCUAUAAAUAUCUACAGGUUUGAUAACCAAGAGACCCCGGUGACCUUGGUUCAGACACUCCCCUUCAGUUGAUUUUGCUCUGUGAAGAUAAGGAGAUGGCCAAUAACUUGUCUCUAGCUAGACCGAGGGAGGUGUGGUUGGGGGCCCGAUUCACAGAUGAACGUGGAUAGACAUUGCUCCGCAGGAUGUUCCUGGCUCCUUCUCAGCACUAGGGCUGGAGAGAUCCCAACAGCAGGAUAUUAUGGUCUGCACAACAUUCCAGCGCUGUUCAUUCCUGGGAACACUUUUCCCUUCUCUGAAGUGGGAAGCUGCAUCCGGUGAUCAAAGCUUUCCUGUGUGGCUCCAUCAGUGGGACCUGCUCCACCCUCCUUUUCCAGCCCCUAGACCUCCUCAAAACUCGCCUGCAGACUCUCCAGCCCCCAGCCCACGGUCCAUUGUGAGGUGUGUCCCCGGCAUUGGUAUCUACUUCGGCACCCUCUACUCCUUGAAGCAGUACUUUCUGCGAGGCCAUCCACCAACCGCCCUGGAGUCGGUCAUCCUGGGAGUGGGCUCUCGCUCAGUUGCAGGCGUCUGCAUGUCACCCAUCACUGUGAUCAAGACCCGUUACGAGAGCGGGAGGUAUGGCUAUGAGAGCAUCUACGCAGCCCUGAAGAGCAUCUAUCGCAGUGAGGGGCACCGGGGACUCUUCAGUGGCCUGACAGCAACACUUCUUCGUGACGCACCCUUUUCUGGAAUCUACCUGAUGUUUUACAACCAGACCAAAAACAUCAUGACCCACGACCAGUUGGAUGCAGUCCUUAUUCCUGUUGUAAAUUUCAGCUGUGGGAUCUUUGCUGGUAUUCUGGCCUCCCUGGUAACUCAACCUGCGGAUGUCAUCAAAACUCAUAUGCAGCUCACCCCAAUGAAAUUUCGGUGGAUUGGCCAGGCGGUGACCCUCAUUUUCAAAGAUUAUGGGCUGCGUGGCUUCUUCCAAGGUGGCGUUCCCCGGGCCCUCCGCAGAACUCUGAUGGCAGCAAUGGCAUGGACGGUCUACGAGGAGAUGAUGGCCAAGAUGGGCCUGAAGUCCUGACCGAGAGGGGCCUGGGGACAGAUGGGCUCUGUUGCCUUGCCCGGCUCUUGCCAAGGGCUGCUCCGUCUCACUGUCCCGGAGUUAGAGGAUGUCCUGUCUGGAAAGCCAGGCAGCUACGUCACCUUCAGUUACCCAGUUUGAGUAGAGAAUAGAUGGGCCCGACUCAAGCCUUCAGGAUCUCCCGAAAGAGGUGUUACUGUUGCAUACCGCGCGCUAAGGAGUUAGGAGAGGGUUUGCCCAUCCUGCAGGACUUCUUAAAAAGGGGUUUCUGGAGAGAGCUCUGUCAGGUGGCUCCGCUUCACCUACACCCACCUACACCAGGCUGCCGUUUGGAUCUGUCCUUGGGCAAGGAAUCGCACCGCCAGAGAAUCCGCGGACUGGCGCUACGGCCGAGGCGCUCCAGUGGGGGAAGCCCAUCUGCCGGGAGAGGGGUCCUUGUCACGAGGCUGAAGGCUGUGUCCGGGGUGCUGUUAGGACGAGGGGAAAAAAGAUGUUGUUACUUAACUGGUGGUUACUUAAUCACCUGGAGAGCCUCUAAAGAAGUGGAGACAGUGGCUUCUUAGCCUCUAAGUGUCCAAAUAAGGUUUUUUUGUUCUUGACCUCCGCCCUGUUUUAAUUCUGAAUUGUUCUGGCAUUUUUUUUUUUUUUUUUUUUUUUUUUUGCUGCUGCUAAAAUUCACGUAAAUAAAGUGAAGCACUUUAUCACUGACAACUGUUUGGAAAACCUCAAUAGUGUCCCCUCUGUGUUCUAAAAUAACCAAAUUAAUCCAAGGCGGCUGGCUCUUGACCCAUAUACGUCCUUCGACCUAAACAUCUUUUAAAAAGCUUUAUUUCACACAUUGUACCAUCCCCUCAUUUCAAAUAAACCAAUCCGUGAUUUUUGGUAACUUCACUGAGGGGCUCAACCAUCACUACGGAUCCGUUUUAGAACACGUUCAGCCCCCAAGAUCUCAGAUUUAAAGAUCUCAUUCUGAGCCCCAGCCGCUGGGAGCUAUUGAUCCGCUUUCCGUCCAUCACUUGCCUUUACUGUGUGCUUCCUAUGGAUGCAGUCGUACAAUUUGUAGUUUCGCAUCUGGUUUCUUUCGCUUAGCGUAACGCUUUUGAGGUUCAUCCAUGUGGCACGUUCAGCACUGUCCUUUGUUGUGUGCGUGGCCACAUAACAUCGUACUAUCCAUUCCUCAGUUGAGGACUACUUGAAUUGUUUCCACUUUGGGGCUCUUAGGAAUAAUGCCACUGUGAACGUUCACAUACAAGUGUUUGUGUGGACCUAGCUUUUCAUUGCUCUUCUGGAAGUAUGUGCCUAGGAGGAGAACUGCACGAUCAAGUGGUGGCGGUAUUUAACCGUCUGAGAAACUCCCAGACUCCAGACCAUCCUCCGUUCCCACCAGCAGCGCAGAAGCGUUCUGAUUCCCCACAUCCUCCUCCACACAUGUUAUUGUUUGUUUUAUUUACUGUAGCCACCCGAGUUGGGUACCCAGGCUUUUCUAUCAACUUUUCAACUUCGGAAGGAGCCAUACAUUUAUCCAGACAGCAGAAAGAAGAUUGGUUUCCUGGUUAAGGAUACGGGCUGUGAUCUAGGUGGCCCAGAUGGAAAGCCUGGUCCUCUACUUAUUUAGACACACUUUGCAACUGUUCCUGUCAAGCGGGGAUCGGGAUAUUCCCCACCUCCUAGGGCGAUGGUGAGGGUUAAAAGAGCAGAUGUUUCUGGUGCACUGUGGUAGGUUCCUGGGGCUGCACAACCGGUGACCAGAAAUUAGGUAGCCUCUGGCAGAAAUUUGUUCUGGAGCCAAAGAGUCUUCAAAUCAAAGUGUCAGCAGGGACAUAAUUUUCUCUGAAGGCUCUGGGGGAGGAAGGACAGUUGUGGCUUCUGGUGGUUGCUGGCAAUUCUUGACACUCGUCACUCCAGUCUGCCUCCAUCUCCACAAAGCCUCCCAUCUGUCCAUCUGUCUCUGCGUCCAAAUUUCUUUGAAGGACACGAGUAACUGGAUUCGGGCACACCCUACUCUAGAAGGACCUCCACUUGAUUAUAUCUGCAAAGACCCAUCAUCAAAUAAGAUCACAUUCAUAGGAACACAAUUCAACCUGUGAUGCAUAUAAAUCUAAUGAUGUUUAUACUUUAGGUUUUAGGUUGAAAUGUCCCAUUCAAGGGGCACCUGGGUGGCUCAGUUGGUUAAGCUUCUGACAUCAGCUCAGGUCAUGAUCUUGCAGUUCGUGGGAUCGAACCCUGUGUCAGCUCUGUGCUGACAGCUCAGAGCCUGGAGCCUGCUUUGGAUUCGGUGUCUUCCUCUCUGCCCUUCUGCUUGUGCUGUGUCUUUCUCGCUCUCAAAAAUAAAUGUUAAAUAAAUAAAUAAAUAAAUACCCUAUUCAAAAUAAUGGAGGAGUAUGGGAGAGGGCAGAGGAGGAUCCUAAUCUCAGUGACCCUGAAGCCACCAGGGCUUGGUGACCUAAGUGCGGGAGGCCCUGUGCUGGGGAAAGUAGGAGGUCACGUAGGACAGAUGUGUGCUGGGACGGGAAUGGAACGCAGGCCAGUCACUACAGGCCUAGGUAUAGUGUCUGCCUCCUAAGAACUUGGGUCCUGAGUUAGGGUGUUUGGGUCAUCUUUGACCCUCAUUUAGGCCAGGGGAGCCUAACUUGUCAGUGGGGGACCUGCCAAGAGCCCCUGGGAGGGGAGGGGCAGAGGUGAGGCCCAGAGGUACAGGCUUCCCCUCAGUUUGCUCACCUUCUACUUGGUUGGUGAGUUUUGGCCAC